AAAGCACUAGAUUUUAUAACCAAGAUGAAGGGUAGUAACAAGAGGGGUCUGAGGUAGGGGUUUCCUUAUUGGUAGAAAAGGACCAAGAAGAAUCUUCUAGAGGACCACCAAGAAUUUUCACCUUUCAUAUCAAUGAAGCUUAAAGUUUCAAUCUUGGUAAAAAAUUUGUUAAUCAAUAUACAGCUAUAAUUUUAUGAAUGAUAACAGAGAAGGAAUGGAAAAUUCUCCUACAGAUGUCCAUAGCAGGUCUAGUAAAGGUAGUAUAGAAUUCCAUGGUGGAGUAGCACCUAAUAUUAGAAGCUUGGACAAGUGUAGAAGCAGUGCAAGUCUUAGAGUUGAGAGGAAUGUAAAUCAUGCAAAGGAAGAACAUGAUAAUCAAAGAGGCUCCAUAGAUAGUACUUCAAAAGUGCCUAAUAAAAUCAUAUCCAAUUGGAAACAUGCUUGUGAUAAGACCAAAGAUAAAACGAAAGACCUCCUUAAACGAUGGAGAACUUUGCCUGAGAUCGAGACCGAGCCAUUAAAAGCUCUUGAAAAUGGAGGACCAGAAAAAGUUCACACAGACAGUGGUUGGAGCGUACAUGUUUGGACUACUUGGGUAGACCGGUAUAGUAUUGAUUCUACAGAGGUAGCAGAGAAGGAUAGCAGCUAUCAGUUAACACCGACACAGAACAAUAAAUUUUCUCAUUUCUUUUCUACCUUGUUGGAUCGGGACAGAGAUGAUCUCAUUUGGAAGCAAGAUUUCGAAACUCUUAUUGAAAGAUUCAGGCAUUUCGCUGACUGGUCAAUGAAUUCAGCGGAGUUCAAUACACUUAGAGAAGUAGAACGUGGUUUCAUUGAGACUUUCUUAGUUGAUAUCUCAAAUGAAAGAUGGGGUUUUCAGUUAAAUAAUGAAAUCUAUUUAACGAAAGAAGGAUGGCUUCAAAAAUGGGGUGAAUUGAUUUGCGGAUCUAAAAAUCUCAACGACUUUCCUGUGUGGUUACAAGUAUUCUCAAAAGUUCUGUUUCAAGUCAUGAACAGGAGCGGUAGUGGCAUAGUUACUAGAGAUGAACUGGGCUCAUUUUAUUCUUCAGUUUUAUGUUUGAAUACUCUUGAAGUUGGUAGAAUUCUGGACAUCUCAUAUCGAGCGAUGACUUCUAAUGGAGAUCAUCCUCUGAUGUAUGAAGCAUAUCGUCUAUGUUUCGCAAACUAUUUGUUGGGUAGGUUUCCCAACGGACCUGGUCAACACCUACUUGGAGCGCCACCCAAUGAAAUGUCAUCUGCCUUGUUUCCUAUCGACUACUCUGCCUUAAACUCACAACCCGAAGAUUUGGAACAAUACACUCUUGACCAGGAUUCCAACAGAUGGAGUGUUGUAGUUUAAUCUUUUUCUGAUAUAAUGAUGGCUAGACUAUCAAUUAGAAAUUUUUUACCAAUGAGAUGCACUACUGUAUGAUGCUGUAAAGCCAGAGGACAACCAUUGAUAAAUUACAUUUGGUUGAAAUUAUUCUCAACAUUAUCAGUCAAUAUAGAGUUAGCUGCAUCACAAAUCAGCACACUGUUUCGAGAAUAUGGUCCAAAACUGAGUGGAUAUUCAGCUCAAAUAUUGUGCACGGCUUAUUAUUAGUUUCACACAAGUGCACAGACAAAUAUUUCAUUCUAAAAUAUGUGAUAUUAGGUGUUUUUUUAAAAACUGUUGCACAGUAUUAUUGUCUCAUGACUAUUUGCCCAUGGUUGAAAUACUUCUGAAUAUUCAAGAUUGUGAAAAAUUACUCAUCAUAAAAUCCAUAGUUUCUUCACAUGAUGGAUUUGUUUCAAAAUAAAUUUAAUAGUUGUUAUUUACAUUUCACAUAUUGUUGUUCAUUCUUUCAAUAGCAAGAAAUUGUCGGCCAAUGAAAUUUUGCCCACACUAUUAACAUAUCUGCUUGAAGAAAUAUCAUAAUAUAAAUUAUACAAAAUGCUACACUAGACCGCACAAAAAAGAAUAAAAUAAAAGAUUUGAUUAUA